AUGUCUAGAACAUGGCGGUUGUUCGUAGCAAACCUAACGGGCUGGGGCCCGGGCCCCACCGACAUUAUCCUAGUACGGCAGGACCAUGGUAGGGAAUCUCCGGCAGACAGACCAGCUCAUGAGUGGCCACCGGGUCAUCAUUGCACGCUCCAGGGGCCCGUGCUGCCCAGUCGGUCUUAUGCAGCACUUGCCGAAGUUAGGUGGCUACCGCAAACGGCCAGUAUCAGCAGACGAAGACGUGAGACCACUCCUCCGACCAGUCCAAUGGACCCAGUGUGGCGGGUACCCCUGACCGGUAUACGAGAAGCACCACUGCAUUCUCCAUCGUACGCGGCUUUCCGCACACGACUGCUAAAAAUGGUAUCCCUGGCAGGCAUCACGUGGCACAUCAAGGCGCACUCCAUGUGCAUAGGCGGGAACAGCACGGCAGCAGACCGUGGAGUCCCGGCAACUCUGCCGGCAGAGUUGCACAAGGCACAUGGCUGCUGGUGCACAGAUGCCAUGGUACAGCACUACACGCGGCGCGACACUGCGGCCAAACUUGAAGUCUCCCGCCGCCUAGGCCUUGCCGCCAGCACGUUCGAGUCGACAUAG